AUGGGCUUGCUUCCUUUCUAUUCCAUUUUUCUUAUGGAUAGUCUUUUUUAUUGGAACACUCGAGGGGCCUGUGAUUCGGGGCUCCUUAGAAAUCUAAAAGUAGUUUGUGAUGGGCCUAAGCCCAUUUUUAUUGGUCUGGCUGAAACAAGAUGUGAAAGGGAAACUCGCUUUCGAUGUCUUGCUUCCUUGGGUUUCGAUGGUAUAGGUGUAUCGCCAAGUAACGGACGUUCUGGGGGGCUGGUAAUAGCUUGGAAGAGUGCGCAGAUUCAGAUCUCCAUUAUAGAACAAGACCGACAAUUUUUCCAUGUUCUGUGUGAGAUUCCCGACCGACAAACCUUUAUGAUGACUGUAGUCUAUGUCUCACCGAAUAUCGAAUCCAGAACACAGAUAUGGGAAAAGCUGAAAAUCAUAUCAUCUUCCUCCUCCUUACCUUGGAUAGUAAUGGGAGAUUUCAAUGAUAUCCUGGAAGCUACAGAUCGAACUGGAGGGGCGCGCAUCUGCCACAACAGGAUAAAUUGGUUCCAGGACAGAGUCAGCGAGUGUGGACUUGUAGAUAUGGGUUUCAAAGGUCCAAAAUUUACCUGGCGUGGUCCUCUUCGCCCAGGAUGCUCACGGUUAUAUGAACGGCUGGAUCGAGCUCUUUGUAAUUCAAAUUUUCUGACUACUUUUCCAGAUAGCUUUCUUAAGGUACUUCCUCGAACGAAAUUCUCUGAUCAUAAUCCCAUCUCCCUUUAA